AUGUCAAUUACAAAUCCUCAAUUAUUGAAUCAGUCGCCAUAUAGCAGCAUGGCUAAAAAAUAAGGGAAUGGAAAUUAAUCUCAUUCUUCUUUGAAAGUAUUUCCAAUUGAUUUUAUUUCAUAGAACGUAUAAAAUGUGGUUCCACAGAUAAAUGUGUAAAUUAAAAAUUAGAUGCAAUUAAAUUUUAAUUGUUAAACUUAAAGAGAAUACAAGUAUAGAUAAUCCGAGUUAGAGACUAAGAGAAAACAAUAAUCUCCCAAUAUUUAACGGUUUAGUUAAGCAAAAAAUAAUAAUUUCGUUUCAGGUUAUUAUUCUAAUGGAAAUGCCUAAUAAAAGAACAUUAACUUAAUUAAACAAUAAAUUUGUUAUUAAUAAUAAAACUCUGUGUAAGAUUUAAAGAAGGGUUUGUUAGAGGACAAAAAAAGUCAGAAGAAACAAUCAAAAACAAAAUCUUCUGAAUAAUUAUUAUCGAAAUCGCAUAAAAUAACAACAGAACCAAUUUAGAAAACAUAAAACAAUUAAAAUUUGAUAAACAAAAUCAAAGAAUAAUCAAAUUAGUAAAAGAAUAGUAGUGUUAGUAACCCAAUCGAAUUUAACUUUAAAAAAUUACUUCAAAAAUACCAUUUAACUCUGAAUAAAGCUAAAAGUACUGAAAAAUUGAAAAAUCAGAAUCAUUAAGAUUUUUUGAAAGAAUCGUUUAGAUAAAAAGAAUAAUAAUAAGCAACGUUAUAGCAUUAUAUUAGUAUUCUCCUUCUUGACUAAGAAAAAACUUUAGAAAUUAAAUAUGACUGUUCAGAAAAGACUACAGAUUAAUUAUUUUCAUACUUAAUUGAAACUUGUUAAGAUAAUGAGAAUAUAAUUGGAUUUUCAUCCAUAGAUAAUAACAUUGCAGUUGAAUACUAAUCUAAGUCUCAAAACAAACCUUAAAAUUAAAACCACUAUAUCCCAGACUUCCAUUUUUUAUUAUGCAUAGGAAUUGGGGGAUUUUCAAGAGUAUAUUUGGUUAGAUCAAAAAGAAAUGGCAGAUUUAUAGCCUUAAAAUUGAUAUCAAAAUAAUUUAUUAUAGAGCAUUAAAAGUAAUAGAUUGUUUAAAAUGAAAGAGAUGUUAUGGUUUAAUUAAAUUUAAGUGAUUAAUAAAUGCCUAAAUAAUUUAUCUGCCAAUUGGAAUGUGCAUUUGAAACUAAACAUUGGGUUUGUUUUGGUAUGGAGUAUUGUCCUGGUGGAGAAUUAUUCAAUUAAUUAAGAAAAGUUUAGAGGAUGAAUUAAGAUUAAGCAAAAAUCUAUUUUAUAGAAGUUUGUAUAGCUAUAGGAUUUUUGCAUAGUUAAAAUGUGUUGUAUCGAGAUGUAAAACCAGAAAACAUCUUAAUUGAUGAGUAUGGACACUUAAAAGUGGCAGAUUUUGGACUAGCUAAACCAAAUAUGGGUUAAUUUGAUGAAGCCUAUUCAUUUUGUGGGUCACCAGAGUAUAUGGCUCCAGAAAUGCUAUAGUAAUAAGGACAUACAUUUGCAGUUGAUUAUUAUUGUUUAGGAGCUUUGCUUUAUGAAUUAUUAACAGGUUUGCCUCCAUUUUAUUCAAAAAAUACAGAUGAAAUAUUCUAAAGCAUUUUAAAUGAUAAUGUGUAAUUUCCUGUAAAGGUUUGUUCUCCUGAAGCCAAAGAUUUAUUAAGGAGGUUACUUAAUAAAGAUCCUUCUCAGAGAAUGGGUAAUCGAGAAGGUAUUUAGGAUAUUUUAGGACAUCAAUUUUUUGAUGAUAUCAACCUAAUAGAUAUUUUAAAAAGGAAAAUAUAACCUCCAUUUUUGCCCAAUCUAAUUAAAUUCAAUUUCGAUCCAAAAGAAUUCAAAUAAGGAGAAUAAAAAUUUAAUCAAGAAUUGUAAAAAUCACUACAAAGCGAUUAAGAAACAAAAUUUGAACCGAUGUUUGAAAACUUCUAUUUUAUAGGUGAUACUUUGAAAACAAAAAAACUAAAAUUUGAAAAGUAAACCAAUAGGCCUCAAUCAUUAAUUGAAGCUCAAUAAGAUACUAUAAUGACUGAUAGAAUUGAAAAGAAUUUAAAUUCAAACAAUUCCGCUAAUUUGUCUCUAAAGAGGGGAUUUUCAGCAAAGUAAUUGUAAGUGGAGCAUUCUUAAAAGAUUGAGGAAUUGAAAAAAAGAAUUUAAUAAUAAAGUACUUAAGUAAAGUCUUAUAUUGAUCCAUUUGAUAACUUAGCUGUAAAUUAAUUAAUUUAUUAAAACAAAGCCAAAACUUCAAGAUUAAAAAACAAUAAAUGA